AUGAAGAGUUUGUCUAUUAAUGUGCCGUUGGUUGAGUCAUUGGAACAAAUGCUAGCAUAUGCAAAGUUCAUGAAGGAUUUGGUGACAAAGAAAAGAUCAAUAAAUUCUAAGACUAUCAAGAUGACACAUCAAGUGAGGGCCAUUGUGCAGUCAAUGGCUCCGAAAUUGGAAGAUCGAGGCGCUUUCACAAUCCCAUGUACAAUUAGAAGUGCCGACUUUGCCAAAGCAUUAUGUGUUCUUUGGGAGAUGGACUAUGAGGUGCCUAUCAUUUUGGAUAAACCUUUCCUCACUAUGGGGAAGGCUCUUGUUGAUGUGGAAGCAGGUGAGAUCACUUUUCGGGUGGGUGGCAAAAAAGUGAUCUUCCAUGUGUGCAAAUAUAUUAGGCAACCGAAUAGUAAUGAAGUUUGUUCAUUCAUGGAUUUGGUCACUGAUGUGAUUAUUGAUGUUUCUAGUGCCACAAUGAAUGUCGAGGAUAAUUUGGAAGCCGUUUUGCUCAAUCUUGCCGAUGAUGAGGAGAAAGAAGUCUGUGUGGAGUGUGUCAAUGCAUUGCAAGGGAUAAGGUCGUACACUUAUGAGCCCUGA